AUGAGUUUUGAGAUCGGAGGAAUUAAGGUCAAGUUCCCGUUCGAGCCUUAUGGUAUACAGAAGAAUUAUAUGCAAAGGCUGAUAAAAGCAGUUGAAACAAAGAAGAAUGCAAUGCUUGAGUCUCCUACAGGAACUGGCAAAACACUAAGCUCCAUUUGAUCAGCUUUGGCUUAUCAGAAAAAUUUGAAUGAAGAGGGAACAACGACUUCUAAUUAUGAUAGAAAGAUUGAAAUAGGAUAUGAACCUGAGAGACCAAUUUCACAGAUAAUCUUCAGUUCUAGAACUCACUCUCAACUAGACCAAGUUAUCAAAGAGGUAAAGAGAUGUGGAUACUCUCCAAGAACAGCCUCUCUUGCCUCAAGAAAAUAUCUUUGAAUUAAUGAAGAAGCUCUGAACUAUAAACAUGGAGUUGACAGACUUUGAAAGAUCCUCAGAAGUCAUAAUAAAGAUGAAUCUGAAGAAGAAGGAGAAGAGGAGGAAGAAAGCGAAAGAGAUGAAGAGGAAAAGAAUAAAGCCGUAUCGCAAAGAGAGACUGAACAAGCUAUAAAACACCCGACUUGAUACUAUUAUCAAAACUUGAAAGAGUUCAAGAAUCAUUAUUGGAAGAAAGACAAAGGAGAAAUAAUGGAUAUCGAGGAUAUAGUUGAACACGGAAAAUUGCAUUCAAUCUGCCCUUAUUACUUGCAGAAGGAAAAGGCAAAGACAGCAAACUUAGUGACAAUGCCAUAUAACUAUAUCAUAAACCCAAGAAUACGCAAGCAUAUGGAAGUCUCUCUUCAAGAUUCGAUUGUGAUAGUUGAUGAAGCUCAUAAUUUUGGUCCAGCCUGCGAAAGUAAUGCCACAGUAGAGUUGGAUAGAGAUGUCCUAAAAGAAAUGCUCAAACAAAUCAAGUUCAUUCCAUACAAAUUGGCAAAGCUCAAGAAACAAGAAGAGUCACGACUUAAUAAAUAAACAAAGAAAAUUAAGACGGAAAAUACAAGAGAUUGGCCUCUCAAAGCAGGAGAUCUGGGACUGAAUCCAUCUAGUAGAGAGCUUCUUAGAGGCGAUCCAGGUGCCGUUAAAACAUAGAUUAUGGGAUGUUUUUCAAGUUCAAGAUUACACUGAUGCUAAAAUGCUUGAAUUUGAGAAAUUGCCGCUACUUUUGAACCAAGUCUAUCAAAGAUACAUCAUAACAAAGAUUGGAUCCAAUGGACUGGAGGGAAGAGCAUCAUUCCCUUAUAUAAAUCAAGAUAACCUUGAAGAUUGGCUCAGCACUCUUUCCAGGACUAGUGCUCUCCUCCGUUUAAUAUCAAAUUUAUCAGACAUUCUCUGUGACAGUCUGGUUCAAAUCAUAGAAAUUUAUUGAGAUAUUUCUUAUAGAUCUAAACAUUCUCAGACUAGUGUUGAAGAAGAGGCAAAGCUUCUUUUCAAUCAGUUUCAAAUAUGAGUGUCUGAACAAAAGAUCCCGAAAGAAAAAUUUGAGUUGGACGAGACUCUCCCUAAAGACCGGGAGUUUGAAAAUAUCCUAAAAUUUGAGUGACUGUCUCCUGAAUAUCUUGCUAAAAAGUUACAACAGGAACAGCCUAGAAGCUUGAUCCUAAUCUCAGGAACUCUAUAUCCAUUUGACGAGUACAGCUCAGAGCUAGGAGUUGAAUUCCCCAUAACUUUCAGAAGUCCACAUGUGAUCGAUCGACAACAAAUGUGCCUGAUAGCAAUGAAAAACGGAAUCAGCGGUGAUCAACUAAAACUAAACUAUAUAAACAGAGCCAAGAAGAAGGUCAUUGAGGAUCUUGCAAAGACAGUAAAUGAGACUCUACUUCAAUCAGAAGGCGGGUCUUUGGCCUUCUUCCCCUCAUACUCAGUGAUGGGAUCCUACCUCAAUUUUUGAAAGUGGAAGAGAAUGUUGCUUCGUGAAGAAAAACUUAUUAUCACUGGUGAGGCGGUUGAUUGUUACUCAAUCAAUUCGGAUGAGAAGAGUAGAAUCCUUCUAAUUGAGCCAAGAGAAACAUCUGAGUUAAACAAAAUAAGAAAAGCAUUUUAUCAGUUGCUUGAAGAGGAUCAAAAUGUCACACUAGUCUGUGUUUGUAGAGGUAAGAUCUCUGAAGGAAUUGAUCUCCCUGACAAAGCAUCCAGACUUGCAAUUGUAGUAGGCAUCCCAUAUGCUUAUCUCCGUGAUUCUAAAGUUCAAGGGAAAAAGAAGUAUCUUGAUAUGAAAGUGAAGUUCAUGAGAAAUUCGCAAAGCUCAGAAGGCACCUUCACUCUUGAUGGGGAUAAGUGGUAUCAAACUGAUGCUCAAAGGGCUAUCAAUCAAGCUAUUGGACGAGUAAUCAGACACAAAAAUGAUUAUGGAGCAGUUGUUCUACAAGACUCUAGAUAUGAAAACCUAGUAAAAUUCCGCUCAUCAUGGUGUAAAUCAUGGCAGAAAAGAUGCUUUACAAUGGAAUUCCUAAAGAAGACACUCUCAUCAUUUUACACAAAAAUGAAUAAAUUUGAAGCUACUGGAGAAAUACCUGAUCCAUUCAAAAGUGUCAACUGUGGAACCAAGAGAGCGAUUACAAUGGAGCCAGAAUUUCCUUUGUACUCGUACCCAUCGUUCAAGAGGGUAUUAAGAGAAGACCCUGAUCAGAAUUAGUCAUGAGUCUAUGAUUUUUAGUACAAAAAUUCAAAUACAGUAAAACUUAAGGAUCGUCAAAAUUUGAACUGAAGGUUACAAUUU